AUGUCUACCUCUAUCGAAGGACAACCUCAGGUCCCCGCCCCGGACAACGCCGCCCCCGAGAUUGCCAAGCAGGAGAGCGUUUCCCAGAGUGUCUCCCAGCCUAAGGAGAGCGUUUCCCAAAGUGUCUCCCAGCCCCAGACCACCGAGAACAAGGACCAUGCCGUGAGCUCAGGAAAUGUCGAGAACGCCGGGAAUGCUGGCAGCUCAGAGAAUGCCGAAAAGACCAUGGACCAGGGCCGUCGCGGCACCGCUGCCAUUAUGGAGGACCACCACGUCAGCCGAGAAGCGUUGAAGGGUCCUACCGGUGCUGCCAAGCAUACGGCUGAGGAAUUUGAGCAAGAGAAGAAGACUGGCAAGCCUGCCGGUGGUUCCGUUGCUGAAGGGGAUGGUUCGACCGUAACUAAGGAUCACACGAAGGGUGACAAGUCCAAGUCAACCGAGCACAAGCAGAGUACCAUGGAGAAGAUGAAGGAGAAGCUUGCGCACCCGCUGCAUGGCAAAAAGUCCGAGUAA